AUGUACACAUGCCUCUCCGCCGUGUUGGAUCCCUUGGUGCGGUGCAGCCACCCCGAAAGACAUUGUUGCAUCGCGGUUGGUGUGAGAGGAUCGACGGCUCGACGCUACUGGUCCGAUUCCGUGUCUAGCUGGACGGGGGACGACGCCGUUGUCACCUUCAUCCACGCUGCUGGACCCGAGCUCAUUCGUCAACUCACCUCCCGUGCUUAUUCGGUCCAUCUUAAGACAUGCCUCUCGCCUUUCCCCUCCGACACACGCCGAGUCUUUUCACAAACACAGCAGUGGAGCAGAGCUCUGUCGAUCUGCUGCUGUUCGCUCCCCCUUGCUCCAGUAUGUCCCUCCCACCAGGCAUGGGGAACGCUAUUGUACCUGGCCAGCAUCUAUGCGGGGGAUAUCCGCUCGACACCGACAGAAUGCCCCAUUAACGUUGCCAAUCAGCAUUACACCCACUCGCUUCUUCACUGCACCUUCGUCGCAUCCAUGUCCGAUCGAAACCACUCCAUCACGACCCAUUCUGAACGCUCACUCCCAAACCCUCACCUCCUCAACAACUCCGCAGUCAUAACAGGUAUCAUCCAUGAGCGGACCCCAAGAGCCCCUCGUCACUUUUCGACGAAAAGCCCCCGAACGGAAAGCAACUUCGGGAGACAUUGCAUUGUUUAUGGAAGGCUAGUGCGGCCGAGGGGAAAGGCAUACGUUCAACGUCAGCGCCACUUAGGUAGGGUGUCACAGCCAACCGAUUCGCAGAUGCCACCUCUAGAACCACCCGCGCUCCAUCAUCCACGAUGUGCAGCACACUGGCGUUUUCUGGUAGGUCAGCGUCCUCCACGCGGUCCCGUACCGGCCCGAUUCCCACGAACUUCUGGAAGACAUGGACGUCAUGCUCUGCAUCCCUCGGUGCCAUUUCCCCCACUGCCGCCCAAGCACUGUGAAAUGACGAAUUAUUGCUCUUUACUCUUCGACUCAACGCUCUAA